AUGUUUCCGAUUAAAAAGGAAAAUACAGUAGAUUUGCACAAUCAUAAUAUAAGAGUUACUGAGCUUAAUACAUCGUCAAUGUCUGAUAUGACAUCUCGGCCACAACCUAAGGUGAUACACCUACCAAAAGUCAGAAUGCUUAACCGAGGUAGAGGCUCAUCAUCCUCCAUCAGGAUCACCAAUGUCAAGUCCAUUAAACCACCCGAUCCAGAUUUGGUAAAAAAACAGGAAGAGGAAAAAUUAAGAGCUCAGUUACAGCAAGAGAUAAUGUCCCGUGCUCGCUCAUGUGCAUACCGCGGUUACACAUGUCUCUUACCAGUAUUAAGUGGGCGGCAGCAUUGUGCGCGGCACAUUCUUCAUGAGCCUGGUGCUCCGUACAAGCAAUGCCUGCACACAUACUCAGGUGGCCAACGCUGCAACAAACCUGCACCAAUGUCUACUGGAUCUCAGACCAGAGAUGCAGGAUUAUGCUUCGAACACGCGCGUGCAGCUUUAUACGCCCGCCAGCGUAGCGCGGCUCCACCGCCGCCUGUUACUACCACGGAGACUCUGCUGAACCAGUUGCAACACUAUGUUCGUCCGGAACGAACUCGGACGACUUCAUGCGCAUCUUCUGUCUCCGUGGUCAGCGACCCCAUGGAGCAGGAGCAGGUGGCGCCGCACGCGGUUGACCCCUUCAAGCAGAUUGACGCGACCGCAGUGAAUGCGGCCUACUCCUCGUCGCUGAUGGAGUGCGCGAGCGGCAGCGACAGCGACUGCGACAGUGUGACGCUGGGCCCCGAGGGUGACUGCCGCGCGCUGCACGAGGACCGCCUCUCCGACGCGGAGGAGGCGCCCUGCGAGUCGCAGCCUCUCUGGCGAGCAGGUGUUUAUACUGCAGAAGAAGCAGUGAAUGAAGCCAAGACUGUUUUAAAAUCCCUGCAAUCAGCUUAUAUAAGGCAAAUGGGCCGUUUAAAGAUACUACUCCAAUCCGCUAGACACCAGUAUCUGAAGUCUUUGAAGACUGAGAAAGAGCAGUAUUGCAGCAUCAACUCGCAGGCGCGCGGUGGUCCACUGACGGUGCGCGAGAGGCGGCAGUUGCGCAAGCUGAAGGCGUAUGCGGGCUACCACAGGAAGCACGGCGUUGACGCGGUCCUGGCCAGGAAGUUGCACCACAAACGGGCCAAGGUCAACGAAACACCAUCUCAUCGACCCAUACCUUCGCAAGGACGAUGCACUUUCACUGAGGGAGGUGUUCGCUGCUCAACCCACGUGUUGCCAGCCGCUAAGCAUUGCCUCAAGCAUAUUCUGUAUGAUAGACACCAAGUGCUGUUCGGUGCCUGCGCGGACCCCCGCGGCUGCGCCCCUUGCGGGGAGCCGGUGGCGCGCCUCCCCUUGCCGCACUCGUGCCGCUACCACGCCGCCCCGCCGCCCUACCAAGUGUUCACGCUCAAGAAAGACGGAUCGGACAGCGACUCGGAAUCUCACUCAAGCUCUGAUGGAUCUCAGACCGAUGAUGCUGUAGAAGACCACUACCUGGAUGAUGGGACCGGAGUGGAUGGUGUAUCAGUUGAUCCUUUACAAUACGAA